AUGUCUGAAAAGCCCAGUACGGACAAGUCGCUGGAGAGUCCAACGACCGCGCGUGAGCUCGACUUUGACGACGACGAUGAUGCGCCUGCUACUUCGGCCAACGAGCCAGCCGCAUCUUCUUCCCCGACCUCCAAGUCGCCCAAGCCAGGCGUGCGCUUCAACGAGGAGGCGACUGAGAUCCCCCCACCAAAGCCCCCACGACCCGUAGACGCCCAGGCCCAAGCCCAGAACACGCUGAUAGAAGCGUUCCCAGACAUCGACAACAAUGUCAUCAAGGCCGUCUUGGUCGCAAGUGGAGGCCGGGUUGAGCCAGCCUUCAACGCGCUGCUGAGCAUGUCCGACCCCAGUUUCCAGGCUGAAGAAGUGCCCCCUCCCCAGCCACCGCGCCCACAACCUCGUAGCCAGCUCGAGCAGGAUGAACUGUAUGCGCGACAACUGGCCGAGCACUACCAGGCACAGGCUGCGCAUGGUGCUCAUGGUGGCCAGGGUCCACGUCGACAUGGCGAUGAUCCCAGGCGGCAGCAGAGGCCUGGUGAGCCUGAGAGGGAGCACAGCUUCUUCGACGACGACCUUCCGGAGAUUCGCAAGAACAUUGAGCAAGGCUUCAAGGAGACGCAAAAGACGGUGACCAACUGGAUCACCAACUUCACCAAGAAGCUCGACGGCGAGCCCGACGACUAUGACCAAUACGGAAAUCCAGUACUGCCCGCCCGCCCCAGUGGCCAGCCCUCGCAGCAGCGCCAAAACUUUGGCCCCUCGCAAUCCGACCAGCUCCACGGCAUCCGCAAGUCGAGCGAAGCCCGUCGCUCCGCAGACCACAACCGCUACGACGCCGACAACCGUGUGCUCGGCGACGACUUUGCCCAACUCGAACUGCGCGACAACGAAUCCCACCCGCCACGCCAAUCCACCCGUUCGCCCGCAAACCCCAACCUCUUCAAGCCCACGCCCGUCGCGCCGCCUCAAAGCGGGCCCGUUGACGAAGUCGACGCGCUCUACCGGAAUCCCUCGCCCAGCAACCAGAACAGCCAGGGCAAGUCGGGCGGCAAGAAGUGGCAGCCGCUGACGUCGGUAGCACCGCACCCUGAGCCUGAUGACCAUGAUCCCUUUAGCCUGGGUGACAGCGACGACGAGGAUGCCAAGACCAAGGACGUCAACGCAGAGGCGACGGAGAGGCUGAAGAAUGCGGCGCAGAGCAAGGAGGGGACUGCUGCUGCUGCGCCGGAAUUAAAGCCUGCAGAGAGGAGUGGGAGCGUGGGCCAAAUCGAUGCAAAGGCCGAGGCGCUGAUCAAGGAGGCCAAGUAG